GGUAAAAAAGAAGAAGCAGCAGCAGUUGGCUGGUGGGGAAAAUCGUAUUUCCGUUCCGUGUGCAAUCGUGAAUCUUCAAUAGAAGACUGCAUCCCGUGGUCUUUUUGUUCUUCUGUAAAAAAAAGGAAAAACGAGGUAAAGGGCCCAGAAGCAAGAGAAGGAGGAGAGGAUACGAAGCGAAAAGCGAAAAGGGCAGGAGAAGGAGUGUGUGAAAAUUUGGUAACUGGGAUUCGGGUCCUUUCGAGCAUGUGGUGGCGUACUGUGAGUGACGUGAAAAUGGAUCUGUGUUAAAUUCUGCUGCAGCAAAUCCAACGGGGAAAAAGUUUACCAGUAAGCCAUUUGGUGAAUAUGAAAUUGUGAUAACUGGCCAAACCGGGAGCUUUACGCUUGGUGCAAAGCAAUCAAUUAUCGUAGGAAAAUCACACGGGAAAAAAAUCAAACAAACCAGUCGCAACCGAAUCGGGAUCUUACAUCACAGGAGGAUACCCCGUAUAAGCUCGUAGACGACACCCGGAAGAGCGCAGCAACCCGGACCGGUGAACGAUGAGGCGAACACGUCGUGGGCGCUACUGGCACAUGGGAAUCGUAUUCCUGGUGUACUCGAGCUUUCAUGCGUACUCGGCGACAACCGGCAGCAGCGGAACAACCAGCGCCGAUUUUGAUCUAGCGGAAUCGGAACCCCCGUCUAACGAAUCGCCCAAUCCACUGUACUACGGUGACAGUAGCAGUAGCACCACAGAGUCCGGGUCCGAGGAGGACGGAACGACGGAGAGCGCUACUAAGGCAACGUACACGCACCAUGGUCACCCAACAUGGCGACCGAGGCGAGAGAACUGUACUCCUCCGGCGAUCGAGCAGUUCCCACGACCGCUGAUGGGACCGAACGUGCGGAAACACGGUGGCCUAGUUCUCCAUCUGCUAGUGGCCAUGUUCACUUUCCUGGGGUUGGCCAUCGUGUGCGACGACUAUUUCGUUUCCAGCUUAGAUAGGAUCUGUGAAGAAUUGAAACUGUCACCAGAUGUGGCUGGUGCUACCUUCAUGGCAGCUGGAAGCUCGGCGCCGGAGCUUGCGACCGUUGUGAUAGGUGUAUUCUUCGCAAAGGACGACAUUGGGAUCAGCGGAGUCAUCGGUUCAGCUGUCUUCAACAUCAUGUUCGUGAUUUCGGUGUGUGCACUGUCUUCCGGAACCGUACUGCAGCUGAAUUGGUGGCCUCUGGUUCGGGAUUGUACCUUCUAUUCGAUCGCAAUCCUGGUGAUGCUGGUAGUGAUCUUCAACGAUGUCAUCUCUUGGGUGGAAGCACUUGUUAUGAUGCUGUUCUAUGUUGUCUACUGCAUCGUACUGCACUUCAACAGCCCCCUGGAAAAGUGGGCGCACACCUGGAAACUUCCUAUCAAGCUUCCGACGAAAGAGGAGCAGUUUGCGCUGGUGACCUACAAGAAUCUUCCGGACACGACCUACACGCAAGGACAGCAACCGGGUGGUACGGUGGACCAACAGGAAUCACAACAAACGCAGCAACCGGUGGCAAUGGAUCAGGGUUACGCGGAUCCCAACGCGAGCUGGGAUCCAAAUGCUGCAUGGGUAGAGGGGGGCGCCGUUGCAGCUCCAGCUCAGACAAACAACUAUUCGACGAAUGCCUACGAUCCUAAUGCUGAGUGGAGUGGACAACAAAACUACGGAUACGAAGACCAGUAUGGACAGGAUCCUCAGCAGCAAGCUGUACAACCUGCAGCGCAGACAACGACCGUUACCACCGGAGCUGUUCAGCAAGCAACCACCGACAACUACUACAAACCGAAGGAACCUCGGCCACAGGAUUCGCACAAUCCACUGGAGAAACCGACCGAGGGAGGCCCGUUCAAGUUGGUCGCCUGGUAUAUCGUUUAUCCGAUCCACUACACGGCCCGGAAAACUAUGCCCGACUGCAAAACGGAGAAGUAUAAAAACUGGUAUCCAUUCACCUUCCUCGUGUCCAUGAUCUGGAUCUCAUUCUACUCAUACUUCAUGGUGUGGAUGAUAACGAUUAUCGGCUCGACCCUCGGCAUCCCUGAUACCGUCAUGGGACUAACGUUCGUAGCUGCCGGUGUUUCCGUCCCGGACGCCCUUAGUUCCAUUGCGGUCAUCAAGGAGGGUCACGGCGACAUGGCCGUCUCCAAUGCCGUCGGUUCCAACGUAUUCGACAUUCUCAUCUGUCUCGGUUUGCCCUGGUUCAUUCAGACGGCCAUCAUCAAACCGGGCUCGCAUGUCAAUGUCAUCAGCAAGGGCCUAACCUACUCGACGCUGUCGUUAUUGUCCACCGUGUUUUUCCUCCUGGUCGCGACCCACAUGAACGGCUGGAAGCUGGACAAACGUCUCGGUAUCGUCCUGAUGGUGUGGUACCUGAUCUUCAUUACCAUUGCCUCGCUGUACGAGCUCAACUUCUUCGGCCAGCUGAACCCACCGGAGUGUCCCAGCCUCUACUAAACGCCGAACGUGUGUGGUUCCAGCCAUCAUCUGUCAAUUCAUCACUAUCCCCUGCACAGACAAAAACACACACUCACGCCCUCCCCACAGUCACACAGCCACACUCUCGCACCCGAACGUGCCUGAAGAUGCCACGCAGAUCGCAGCGAUUAAUCUAGUCGUAUCCAGUUUUCCCUGUUUCUGUUUUCUAGGCUAGUUCAAGAAUCUCAGUCAGUGCGCGAGUCUCUGUUUCCAUCCGUCGUCGUCACACGACAUCAAUCUCUGUCUGUGUGAGUGUGUGCGUGGGUACAAAAUCACGACGAACGGUACGUCCUUAAACCAACCCCUAGCCUCCUAUCUCACUUGUAUUCUAUCUAAAAAAAAAAGCAUCCAACACCAACUGUAUUGACCGGAGAGAUUGCUAGACAGGUUACCGUUCCAUUCCGUAUAUGUUUACAUUAGUUGAUUCGAACUGAACCGAUUGCUUCCAUUUGUUUAAAUGAUUUUUUUUUUCUGUUUACCUUCUCACCUCCGCCACUCACUAUUUGUUAAUGCUCGAAGUUCACUUUAAUCACUUGUUAUUAGUCUUCUCUUACUCGCAGUAGAUUAUAUAGUUGACUAGUUUGUUAGAUUUUGUGUUCAUCGAAGUAUCCCCCGCCUGCUUCGACACCGUCAAAUUCGGCGAUUGGUGCUAACGGGCGCGGGAUCAUUUUUCGGUUUGUUAUUGUUUACUCAUACUAGAAAGAGUAGAGGAACGCACUCCGGUAUCCCCACCACAACGGUCACUGUAUGGCUUCGUAAUCUGUAAAUACACAUCGUGUAAUGGUGAAUGACAACCAGAUGAGUAAGCUAAACAAAGCUAAUGUACAAUAUCAAAUUAACGGCAACAACAGAAAGAAGUCGAAUCUGGUCUCGUUUUACACACCUUCUGUCGUAAUGUUACUCUAUUUAGCUUACCAACUAGUUGCUAGUAUAAUCGAGUAAGUAUAUUGCUAAAAACCAAUGUAAACAAACAGUAUGCUUCUCACAGACUUGUCUGAAACUUUGUUGAAACUGACAAUAUUCCUUCGGGUAGGUUUAAGUUUACCUCUAUCCUUAGCAAAGUACGAGUUAUCUCCUUAUUGUUGAAACUAUCGCUAAGCUACACGUCAGAUUUUACAUAUAUUAGUAACGAUUGAGCUCUUUACGACGCUGUUUUCUUUGUUUCCAUUCAUUAAGUAUUGUUUGAUUAUGCAUAAUUCUACAAGAAAGUAAAUAUUGAGAUGAAAGUCUAAAUAUGAAAUUCAACCCAAAACAGCGAAUAUUCAACAAAAAAAAAGAAGACAGAAGAAGUUUACAUAAAAAAGUAUAUAAGUAUAGAUAUAUUUACCAAAACACAAAGGAAAAAUAAAAAAAAACGGCAUAGCAAAUAUAUCGUUAAGUGAACCAACCUUAUCCUAUAUAGAUCGUUGACGGUUGAUGAAAAUCAGCCAAACAAAAAAAUGUGAACUUAUUUACUGUACUCAAAUCCUAAAAUUAACCUUUGGUCAAUCGUAUUAAAUGUCAAUAUUAUAUUUACAAACAUCCAAACGAGCAGUUAAACACUUACCUUGAACAGCUUUGGUUAAACCCGUUGCAAACGCGUUGCACACUGACCGACCAACCAGGCUAUCGUGGAAUGUCAAAACUUCCCAUACAACUUCUUCUAUUCAUUCUUCGCUUCCUUCCUGAACUUCCUGAAAGCAGCCGGCACCGUCGGCGGCCGGAUGUCACCAAGGCAGCCACAAACAAUCGAGUAGGCCUGUUGUGCGAAACGUCGCACGUACACACAUCAGCAGUGCGUCGUUGUUAUUGUUUUGUUUUGCUGGCUGCGUCCUGAGCGAGAAGCGACGAUUUUAACGAAACCAAAAAAAAACCGAUAAGCAACCGAAAUGGAUAAUAAUUUAUUGCGCGUACCCAAAAUGCCCAAAUAUUUUUUGAUAAGCAAAUAGAAAACAGCACGUGAUUGUUUUUCGUCACCAAGUCACAUUCCCGGCGUUGUAGCGAAUUGUAUCUAAAUUUAAGACUGUAUAUAGGAUGCAACAGAAUCCAGAAAUCGGAACAAUAGAAGAAACCAGAGGGAGACAUCACACACACAUACACACACACAUUAAAUAGAAACCGAAUGUAGCGAUAUUUUAUAUGCGAUAAAUGAUGAAAUUUUGCACCGCUAGUCAGAUAUUUAGAUACGCGCCCUUUGUUUGGAUUGAAUCGCGCACUCACACAACUUCUACACAAACACACACAGACACAAACACGCCCGAUGAAAGGAAGGUACACAAACAAACCAAUUUCCGUUUUAAUCAAACUUUGACAAUAGAUGUUUACAACGAUUCUCGUCUCAAAUAGCUUUUGAAUUCUUGGUUAUCUAAUGUUCGAACAAAAAAAACAACAACACAAUUUUAACUGUUCCAUAUAGUGGAAGUAAAACAAAAAUUGUACGCUAAUGAAAGGAAGACAAAAUACAUUCUCUUCUGUUUAGGGUUAAUAGCAUCAGCAACAAUCCUUUGAAGCGAAUCCUCCUACUAUUAUAUAGCUCUAACAAAACUAAAAGGUAAGCAAAAAAGAAGAAAAGUAAUUGUCAAUUUCGAGUUUUCUAAAAACCCUGAAUUAAACAAAAAUGGUACUAAACGAAAAUCCAUUUAGCCAAAUAAAAAGAAAUGUAAACAAACAACAACAACAACAACAACAAAAGCACUAAGGCGAACGGGAGAUGCGGUUACAUGUUAUUUUUCGUUUAAUGUAGUGUUAACUGAAAAAAAAACGCAACGCGAAAUAUAUCUACAUAUUCUGUCACCUGUGUACCCAUUUGCGAAAACAUAGAUUCUCAAUCAAUACUGGAAAAUCAAGCAUAUAUAUUAUUAGCUGCACAAGAAAAAGAGAGAAAUGAAAAAGAGAGAGAGAGAGAGUUGAGAGAGAGUCUCAAUCUCUAGGAAAUCAUAAACCAAUGGAUGUAGAGAACAGAGGAGAACUAAUCAAGCUUCACUUACGUGUUUGAAAUCAUCAAAUUAAGUAAACAAAUGACAUCGGAAACUUGCUGAAAAAAAAAACAUAUUGGAACUAAAGCAACUAUACAAGAACAAAAAAACAAAAUAUUCACAUUAUACUCACUUUACAUACACACAGACACACCCACACAGCUGCAAACUGCAAACAUUCGCGCAUACCGCUAAAGAAAGGAAAAAUGGAAAACCGAAAAAAUCACGCAAUAAAAAGAAAACAAACGAACACUAACUACUGCAGAUGCAAAUCAAGUGAAAUCUCAAAAGCAGAUGAACAAAAUAAACAUAACAAAAAAAAAACAACAGAAAAAAAUGCUCAUACCAUGAGAUGUUAAUUGUUGAGAAGUUAAAUAAAAAUGUAUUGAAAAC